CUAGUGUUUGCCUAUCUGGUUUUGAAUUAUACUCUUUCCUUCCAUACAAAGUUUUCCUUUUUAAAAAUAAAAAAUAAAAAAUCAGUAUAUAACUGUAUUACUCUUUUGCUGGAUUGGGGGAAAUACUCCACUCUGAUAUUUUUGAGGUUUUUCUCAGGAUUUUUUUCCAACAAAAACAAUGAUGCCUGGAGUAUUAGCAGUCGUGGAUCUGGACAUCCGCGAUGCGGCUCUUCUUCUUAUUCUAUUUUCUGCAAAUGAGUUUGUUGCGGAUCUCCCUGGCGGCCUCCUCCUUCACCAAUUCCCUUCCAUGGCCAACUACACCCUUUUGACAUUAGGGAUUCUGCUUCUUUUACUCUCCUUCUUAUUUCCUCGGGAGUCCGUAUCAGAAGUGGCAAAGAAGCUGGUGUGUGUAGCUGCUGUACACUGUCGCCUUUCACUCGACGCUGCUGCUCGGGCCGCUUCGUUGGUUGGAGAAAUAACAUACAUGAUUUUGGCCCAGAUGAAGAAGAUGUUAAAGGUGUUAGUCUUUGUUACCACUGUCAUUGUCUUUGGGAUUGUUGCAGAUCUCGCAUACCGCCUACCUCACAGAUUCCUAUCCGUUGCUUAUGUUCUAACCAACUUCGCCACUCUCACAUCAGGGAUUUCACUUCUUUUCCUCUCCAUCCUAUUUCCUAAGGUGCCUGUACCAGUCGUUUUGGCAAAGAAGCUGUAUUAUGCAGCUGCUGGAUUGGGUCGCGUCUUGAUUGGACUUGAGAGAGAGUCUGCUGGGGCUUCUCUUAUAAAACUAUCAGAAGUGGAGCUGGCUUGGAAGAUGUUCAAUGUGUCGGUACUUACUAUUUUGAUCGCUGUCCUGGGUAUUUAUGCAGAUCUCAGCCUCCCGCAUCACAAAUCCCUCUCUAUUGCCUAUGUUGUUGCCAUUUUCCUCACGAUGGCGGUUAGCUUACACUCCAUCCUAUAUCUGUGGGUGACCGUAUCCGUAAAUAUGGCAAAUAAGCUGGUUUGGGUAGCUGUUGGACUGGUUCACCUUUCAGUCGGACUUCGAUUGGCCAUAUAUGCCAUUUCGUAAUGUCUCUUCACCACCGGCACUUCUUUAGAUCUCAUUCAUGUUGGAUUACUAUCAGUAUUUCCUUUUUGCUGCUUCAUAUAUAUGUACACACACACACACUGUGGGGUUUUUGUCAUUGUCUCGUUUGCCCCGCGCCGUUGUGGGGAAUUACAGUCUUCUGCUGAAGAGCCGGUCGAGUUUGUUGGUUCCGCUGCUCAUGAGGAUGUGAAUUUUGGUCAGCAACGUUUUCUGUUUAUUUUUCUAGUUGUCUGAUUUCUUUUUGGGCUUUCUGUGUAGGCUAUUGUAGUCUUUUUACUUAGAAAAAAAUAACUUAGAAAGGAACAGGAGAAUACUAAUUUUUGUUGUA